AUUCGCAAUUACAAACUUCAUUUAUAUCAGAUGAAAAACACAAAAGCUAUUAUUUCUGAGAUAGUUAUUUGUCUUUUUUAAUUUUUACGUGGUAAUUUCAAAAUGAGAUUAAACUUUAGUACAAAAGUUGUAGGUAAAAAUACUAUUCUUGUACCUUACAGAGAGCAUCAUGUUCCUAAAUACCACACAUGGAUGAGAUCAGAAGAGUUGCAAAAACUUACCGCAUCAGAGCCUCUGACUUUGGAAGAGGAGUAUAAAAUGCAAAAAACUUGGCAAGAAGAUGAUGAUAAAUGCACAUUUAUAAUUUUAGAUAAACACAAGUAUGAUCAAAAACAUGAUGAAAAUGAUUCCAUGAUUGGCGACACUAAUAUUUUUAUAACAGACAAUGAUAGUAAGGUUGGGGAGAUAGAAAUAAUGAUAGCAGAAGAAAGUGCAAGAGGAAGCAAAAGAGGCUGGGAAGCAGUCAUACUAAUGCUCCUCUAUGGAAUUAAGUUCAUUAAAAUAAAAACAUUUGAGGCAAAGAUUAGUAUAGAAAACAAUAUAAGUAUAAAUAUGUUUAAAAAAUUAGAUUUUAAAGAUAAAUCAAGAAGUGAAAUAUUUCAAGAAGUGACAUUGGAAAAAGUUGUUGAUAAUGACUGGACAAAAAGCCUUGAAGGACAUUUUGUGUUUCAGUUACAAUCUUAUGAAUAACUAGCUAUAGAAAA